ACAUCAGGCCAGUUGGAUUCCACAUACAGACAUAUAUAUUUUAAUUAAUGUACUGUUUUCUGGGUCUGUUGAAAACCUAUGGCAUUGGUGUGUCUUUCUCUUGACAGAAUCACCUGACUGAUAGUACCUCAACCCCUGUCCAGAAAGUCUUCAGUUGAUACUAUCCUGUUCUGUAGUCUUCUCAUUCAUAGUCCUUUUUCUCAUUGUAAGAAACUGGGCGUGUUUUCUUGAAACACCCCACCCUGGUAGCAGGGGCUGAUAUUUCUGGGAAAUGGUUAUGUGGAUUCUGGUUGCUCAUCUCACCUGGAUAGGAGAGGUGGGCAUGGCUCUCUGGGGAGAGGAUAUGGUGUGCGGGCUGAGUAGUGUGUAGGGAGGAAUCCAAGUAAUAGCUAGGGCUAGGGAGGAGGUUUGAGCUAAACUUUCUUACUGUUAAUGUCUGUUAAUAAAACCAAAUCUCAGGGAGGAUUUGGAUUCUGUAUAAUGUGUAGAGUGGCUGGGAGCAGGCUGGAAAAGACACCUUGUAUUUUAUUCAGCCGUUCAGUUCUGUAGCUGUCCUGACACCUGUUGUAUGUUCAUUUCAACUCAGAGCUUUAGCAACGUCUAGUAUGUUUGGCCCUAAAGUAUUCUGACAUUUUCUGAUCAUCUGGGAAAUACUUUUGCAGUGAACAAAUCAGUCUUCUUCCCUUAUCUGUUAUAAUCUGUAGGAUUAUGUUGUUCAUAAAGCACUUUAAUGUCCUUGUAUAAUUACGGGUGCCAUUAACAUGUUGUCAUAAUGCUUCCUCGCUGUUCUUAUGAUUUUGUGUCAUUAACAUCUGACUGACCUUCACCCCCAUCGUAUCCGUUUGAAGACUGUCACUCGUCUUGCCAUAGUUGGUUUCACUUCCUGCUGCUGGUGUGCAAGUAUAUAAUCAGUCUAGUUAACUUCAGACUAAUGUCCUUCGAUCCUUGAUGUAAAGAGGAGACGUUUGUUUCUCUGGCACAUGUUUGGCUUUAACAGGUUGGCUUUAACACAGCCACAGGUUCUCCCUGGGAACAGAGCCUGGUUUAGACAGAAAAUUGAUGGUCUAGGUGGAUACAUUCCUCUGAAUUAAAUGCAUGUUUCAUUUUUUUUCCUGCAAUGCUAGUGGUUGCCCAUUUUGUGCCAUAAAUUCCAUUGUUCUCAUCAACAGUUAUUCUGGGCCUUUGAUUUCAAUUUUACUGAUGGUUCAUUAUUACAUCCUGCUCGCUGUUCUCAGCCCACAACAGGGUAAAGGCCUUUCAGCCCUCUUCCUAUCCUCCAUCCAGAGCUGCUUUUCAUAGCCCGGUGCAGAACAAAGAACUCUUCCGCCCUGGGAAACGGUUUGGCUGGAAUGAAUUUGAGCGUGCAGCCACCAUGGUUUCACUCUACAGAGCCAGUACUGUUGUUCCCAAUGGCAUCUCAGCUGUCUUGUCAAACUUGUACUGUUUUGUUGAUUUAGAUGGUUUUGUUGAUCGCUGCUUCUUGCCAGCUAGUUGUCUUAAAAUGCUGGACUGGCCAACGAGUGUUUAAUAACCAAAAGCAUCUGUUUUUCCUCCUUUAUUAAAAUUCAAGCCAUCCAACGGCCCUUGAUGCACCCCAUCCUAAGUCAGUGCUCAGCUGUUGCUUCUUAACACCUUCUGGCGGCUGUGAUGAUGCAGUGCCUUGCACUUCUUUUUCUGUGGAUGCCGUGGUCACCUCUUAGCUACCCACAGAGAAAUUCAAAAAGAGCCUGGGAUCCCCCAAACUGCAGAAAAAGUUGCCACUGUGCAUGAGAAUAAGGGUUGUUUUGUUUUGUAAAGUUUCCAUAGUCUCCAUCAACGGUCUGAGCACCAUUUGCUUCUUGCUCGAUUUGUGGAGCAAGCCUGGUGUGCAAGUGUGCAGGGCUACGGUCUCUGAUCCCGUGUGCCAUCUAUGCCAGGCCCAGCGUUCACCCCCAGCCACUACCUGUGAAUAGCAGCGGAUAGUGAGAUGGUGGUUUUGUUAGGCAAACCUACGGUCAUAUCUUUUUACCAAGAUGAAGAUGGUUGUGGUCUAUCUGACAAUGCUCUCCUUUGAACGGGGAGCACUGCAAUUGGUAUUUUCUUCUUAAAAUUCCUGGCAUAACUGAGGCUCUUACCUCUCCUUCACACGCCUGCACUAAGAGCGUGGAAAUCUGUGCACCCUGUGAGUUUGUUUCAGCUGAACAGAAUUCGUAAUCUGCUUAGCCCGUAUGAUCCACCUUGUUAAUACUGUUCGGUUAUGGAACAGUGCGCCCUUUUGUUCGGAACCACUGGGUCCAAUGGGCGGGAUCGCUCUUUAAGGAGCGUGCGGCACCCAGCGCCUCGCUUCUGUCUGUGCCACUCAUGGGAACCUGAGCGCAGGGAGAUCUGCCUCUGUGUGUGGAUUGUCCAUAGAAUAAAAACAGGACCACGGCUUCAGCAUCCAGAAAAUAACACUGGCAAGCACAUUUUGACCAUCAUUCAGGAGCAACCCAUAAGGAAGAAUGUUACAAGACAGAUCCAUGAGCAUGAGCAGGAGAACGAGUUGCGGGAACAGAUGUCAGGUUAUAAGCGGAUGCGGCGCCAGCACCAGAAGCAGCUGAUCGCCCUGGAGAACAAGUUGAAGGCCGAGAUGGACGAGCACCGCCUCAAGCUGCAGAAGGAGGUGGAGACCCAUGCCAACAACUCGUCCAUUGAGCUGGAGAAGCUGGCCAAGAAGCAAGUGGCUAUCAUGGAGAAGGAGGCAAAGGUGACUGCAGCGGAUGAGAAGAAAUUCCAGCAACAAAUUUUGGCUCAGCAGAAGAAAGACCUGGCGACCUUUUUAGAAAGUCAGAAGAAGCAGUACAAGCUUUGCAAGGAAAAGAUUAAAGAGGAGAUGAAUGAGGACCACAGCACACCGAAAAAAGAGAAGCAAGAGCGAAUCUCCAAACACAAAGAGAAUCUGCAGCACACGCAGGCCGAAGAGGAGGCCCAUCUACUCAGCCAGCAGAGGCUCUUCUACGACAAAAACUGCCGCUUCUUCAGGCGAAAAACCAUGGUUAAGAGGCACGAGAUGGAGCAGCAGAACAUUCGGGAGGAAUUAAACAAAAAGCGGACCCAGAAAGAAAUGGAGCACGCCAUGCUGAUCCGGCACGACGAGUCCACGCGCGAGCUGGAGUACAGGCAGCUGCACACGCUGCAGAAGCUGCGGAUGGACCUCAUCCGUCUGCAGCACCAGACUGAGCUCGAGAACCAGCUGGAGUACAACAAGCGGCGGGAGAGGGAGCUGCACAGGAAACACUUCAUGGAACUCCGGCAGCAGCCAAAAAAUCUGAAGGCCAUGGAAAUGCAGAUCAAGAAGCAGUUCCAGGACACGUGCAAAGUGCAGACGAAGCAGUAUAAGGCGCUCAAGAAUCACCAGCUGGAAGUUACUCCAAAGAGCGAGCACAAAACGAUCCUGAAGAGUCUGAAAGACGAGCAGACGAGGAAGCUCGCCAUCCUGGCAGAGCAGUACGAGCAGAGCAUCAACGAGAUGAUGGCUUCACAAGCCCUACGGCUGGAUGAGGCUCAAGAAGCAGAAUGCCAAGCCCUGAGGCUGCAGCUCCAGCAGGAGAUGGAGCUGCUGAACGCAUACCAGAGCAAAAUCAAGAUGCAGACGGAAGCACAGCAUGAACGAGAGCUCCAGAAGCUGGAGCAGAGGGUGUCUCUGCGCAGGGCCCAUCUCGAACAAAAGAUUGAAGAGGAGCUGGCUGCCCUCCAGAAGGAACGCAGCGAGAGGAUAAAGUUUCUGUUGGAAAGGCAAGAGCGAGAGAUUGAAACGUUUGACAUGGAAAGUCUGCGACUGGGCUUUGGGAAUUCGGUCACAUUAGAUUAUCCCAAGGAGGACUAUAGAUGAGAUUAAAUUUCUUUUGCCAUUUUCAAAAAAAGCAAACAAACAAAAAAAAUUAUGAAAAACCAACAUUCCCCAUGUUAACGGGCGUGCUCUCUCUCUUUCUGUCUCUUACUGACGUUGUGUCGGACUAGUGCCUGUACGUUCUUACUCUGUCAGGGCCCCUUCCCCUGCGUCAAGUGCCAGUGCUGGACAGCUCCUGGCCGUCUCUUUUCAUAGUACGUCACAGUAUUGGUGUCUCAGUGCAAUGAUGACAAAUGUUUCAGUGAAAGCUUUGGAGACGAUUUUAACGAAUCAAACAAAAGUGGAUGUCUGUUGCUUUUGAGCAAUCACUCAUUUUACCACCAAUCAAUGAAAGUACAAGCAAAAAAAAACCCCAACCCUAUAUAUGAAAACCCAGGGGGAGAGAGACGAAAUCCGCAGCCUUACCUUAACUAGCUGCUGCAUAAUUUUAUUUUAUUUUAAUUUUUUUUUUUUUGGUAUUUAUUCAUCAGGAAUAAUUAAAUAAAAAAAUAAAAAAUUUAUUAAAGAUUGAGAAAUUUGAUACAUUUUACAGAAAAAAAAUCUUAAUCGUGAUGUACAUAUCAGUGGUGACAUAUUAUUACUUUUGGGGGGGCAGGGGAGGGAAUGGGGCGGGGUGAAGAGAUCUCGUGAUUUUUAAAAGAACCAUGCCAGGCGAGGUGGGGGUUUCACCUCAGCCUUCGGCAUAUUCUUGAUUGUAUCAUAAUCAUUUUCUGCUGUCGCAGAGAAUGUGAAUACACUUAAAUGGGCCCACAGGAUCCCAGUAGCACAAAUUGGGCUUUGUCAAAUCGUGUAUUUUGUGUAUAGAAGGAAUUUAAGGAGAGCUUUUACUUAUUUUCAUAUUGUAUUUUAACUGUUUCUCUGAUCAGAAUUUUUUUACUCCUUUCCUCUCCCCAUCCCCAGCCGCUCCGCCCCCUGACUUUCCAGUUCUGUAUUUGGAGUUCAACGCUGUCUCUCGGUCAGAUCAUCCUGAUCUUUCUUUUCUUUUUUUGUCCCUCCCCCCAAACCCACCUCCCUCCCCAGAAUCUCGGUCAUAAAUACUGCAUUCUUCACACUUUCAAACUGUGUAUUUUCUUACAAUAAAAAGCGGUAAAAAAAAGGCUUUACCUUCUUUUGCAUGCACUUUAAAAAAACAAAAACAACAAAAAAACAUUUUUCAGGUUCCAAGGAAGAGCAUGAAUAACUGUCAGAGCUUUUAAUUAUAUUUGUAAAUAAAAGUGUUCAUCACAAUG